AUGCAAAAUACCGGAUACGGUAACUACGGUGCCUCUGGCUAUUAUUCCACUCCACCUGGGGCCAGUGCACCACCUCCGGCUGCUCCACCAGCUGUUCCGUCGUAUGGCACCGCUGCCCCUUAUGGAUCAUCCUACCCACCGCCGCCACCGGCGCCGGGGGCAAACGAUGCUUACUCUUCGUACAGCACAGCCCAGCCGCCCUAUGAUGCCAAGGGACAAUCUUCGAACUACUACCAGCAGCCUCCACCUGCUGCCGCUCCAAGUGCGCCGCCAUCCACUGGAUACUCAAGCGACACUUAUGGCUCAUCGAAUUACUACCAGUCUCAAGCCGGAGCUCAACCACCUGCUCCUGGCGGUGCAGGAGCGCCGCCGCCACCAGCAUACGGUGGCUAUGGGGCUCCUCCACCGGCCCCCAACUCGCAAGCUGGAUGGCAAGGUGGCCCUCCCGCCGGACCGCCGGGUGGAGGCUACAAUGGCAACGGAGCUGCUCCAGGUGGUGGCGGUGGCUACGGUGGACUUAGUGGUCCUGGAAGCUAUGGCAACUCGAACAGUGGACCUCCUGAAUCGGACACUAUCUUUAUUGCCGGAAUGCCUCCAGAAACUACUGAAGAACAGCUUUCAACGCAUUUUGGCUCUAUCGGUCUUAUUAAGAUGGACAAGCAUACUAAGCGACAUAAAAUUUGGAUCUACCGCGAUAAGGCCACCGGCGAAGGAAAGGGCGAGGCUACUUUGACAUAUGAAGACCCUCCAACUGCCAAGUCGGCCAUUAGUUGGUUCAACGGCAAGGAGCUACCUGGUACUGGCAAGAUUCUCUCGGUCGAGUUUGCACAGCGCAAAACACCAAUGGGCGGCGAUCGAGGUGGCCGUGGCGGCGGCGGGGGUGGCUUCCGUAAUGGAGGUCGCGGAGGAGGAGGAGGAGGCUUUGACGGUGGACGUGGUGGUGGUGGAGGUGGAGGACGCGGCGGUCGAGGUGGCUAUGACGGCGGCCGAGACAGCGGCAGCUAUGGACGCCAAGGAGACUGGAGAUGCGUCGUGCCCACCUGUGGCAACAACAACUUUUCAUGGCGAAAUGAAUGCAACCGAUGCAGGGCUCCGCGUCCUGAUGACGCCGGCGGACACGAUGAUGAUGGAGACCGACGAGGCCCACCCGGAGAUCGUCGUGGAGGACCCGGCAUGGGCGGUCCCCCAGGAAUGGACCGACGCAGGGGUGGCCCACCCGGCAUGGGAGGCCCAGGUGGCCCUAGAGGAGGCCCACCGAUGGGUGAUCGACCGCCUCGUGGUGGCCCAGGCGAUCGGGGCGGUUUCCGCGGCGGUUUUCGAGGUGGUCGUGGUGGUGGCGGCCCAAUGCGAGG